GCUCAGCACAGAAUGUUGGAGUCACAGCGAAGGACUUGCGUAUUUCGAGACUCGUGAUGUUGUGAAUAUACUGAUGGAAAUGCUUUACAUUUGAUGAAAACAUUUGGAUGUAGUUCUCGCUGAAUCAGUCUUCGCUGAAAUGGGCUGGCCUGUGUAUCGAGAGACGCUGCGGACUUGGUGCGUCGCGCUGCUUUGUUUACUGGACCUGAGCACGGCUCAAAUAUCUUACUCCAUCACUGAGGAGGUCGACAAGGGAACGUUUGUUGGAAAUAUUGCUAAGGAUUUGCACAUAAAUGUACAAUACCUCGAGUCGAGAGGACUGCGGAUUGUAUCGGGACACAGUAAGAGGUAUUUUGAUGUAAAUUUAAAGACGGGAGUGCUCUUUGUCAAUGAGAUGAUCGACAGAGAGGAGCUUUGUAGCAAAGCGCUCAAAUGUUCAAUAAAUAUUGAAGCUAUACUGAGUAAUCCUAUGAGCCUCCAUAGAAUAGAAGUGAAUAUUUUAGACAUUAAUGAUAACGCUCCAUUUUUCCAUGAAAAAUCAUACAAUCUUAAUAUCACCGAGUUGGCGUAUUCAGGAGAAAGAUUUCCGUUACCAGUAGCCAACGAUGCAGAUGUAGGGACUAAUUCGGUAAAAACUUACAAGCUGAGCCCGAAUGAACACUUCUCUCUGGAUGUGCAGAGCGGUGGAGAGCAGACUAUAUCUGCCGAGUUGGUGCUGCAGAAACCUUUAGACCGAGAAAAACAGUCAAUGAUUAAGCUCACAUUGACCGCAGUAGACGGAGGAAAACCUCCCACAUCUGGAACCAUGGUAAUUGUCAUUAAUGUGGUUGAUGUGAACGACAACACUCCUGUUUUCAGCCAACAGCUGUAUAAAGUUCGUGUUUCAGAGAAUAGCCCUGCUGGCACCACACUGAUAAAACUCUUGGCUACAGACUUAGAUGAGGGCGUGAACGGUGAAGUUGUAUAUUCUUUAAUAGAGCGAGGUAGUUCAACGCCCUCUGGAUUAUUUAAAAUGGACCAACACAGUGGAGAAAUAACAGUCCAGGGCAAUUUAGACUUUGAGGAAAAUGCAGCAUUUGAAAUCCGCGCACAAGCUAGUGAUCGUGGCCAUUCGCCACGUAGCACGCAUUGUAAAGUCCUAGUGGAGGUUGUUGACGUAAACGAUAACGCACCGGCCAUUUCUGUGACAUCUCUGAUGAGUACAGUAAAGGAGGAUUCCGCUUUAGGGACAGUGGUAGCUUUAGUGACCGUGACAGAUAAAGACAGCGGGAAAAACGGUGUUUCAAAGGUGGACAUAUCAGGCUCUGAAAGGUUUAAGUUGACAUCUUCAUACAAAAAUUAUUAUUCUCUUGUUGCGGAUGGUCCGCUAGAUAGAGAGAGCGCGUCUCAGUAUAACAUUGCCAUAAAAGCGAUUGAUGAAGGGACCCCACCUCUCUCCAGUUCCACUGUAAUUACUGUACACAUUUCUGAUGUGAAUGAUAACCCGCCCCGAUUUCCAGAGCCCGUCAUUAAUGUUUAUGUGAAAGAAAACAGUCAGAUAGGAGCUGUAAUUCAUACAGCAUCUGCUUUUGAUCCUGAUGUAGGUGAGAAUGCCAGAGUAACAUAUUCAUUACUAGAAAGCUCUAAAAGCUCCUCAGUAUCAUCUCUGGUGAACAUAAACUCUGACAGUGGAGAUAUUCACAGCUUACAGUCUUUUAACUAUGAAGAGGUGAAAACGUUUCAGUUUAAAGUUCAGGCCACAGACUCUGGAGUUCCUCCACUGAGCAGUAACGUGAGUGUGAACGUUUUCAUCCUGGAUGAGAAUGACAACAGUCCCGGGAUUCUCGCGCCCUAUUCUGAGCACGGCUCCGUUAACACCGAGAACAUCCCGUAUUCUGCUGAAGCGGGAUACUUUGUGGCCAAGAUCAGGGCUGUAGACGCCGAUUCGGGUUAUAACGCGCUGCUUUCUUAUCACAUCUCCGAACCCAAAGGAAACAACCUGUUUCGGAUCGGAAGCAGCAGCGGGGAGAUCAGGACUAAGAGGAGAAUGAGUGACAACGACCUGAAAACCCACCCGCUGGUCGUUGUGGUCUCUGAUAGCGGAGAGCCCUCACUGUCAGCCACUGUGUCUGUUGAUGUGGUGGUGGUCGAGAGCACAGGUGACAUCCAGACUCAGUUCAAACACGCUCCGAUGAAGGAGGAGAGCUUCUCGGAUCUCAACCUGUAUCUGCUGAUCGCCACUGUGUCGGUUUCCGUCAUCUUUUUACUGAGCCUCAUCAGUUUAAUAGCAGUAAAAUGCUGCAGGACAGACGGCAGUUUCAGCAGGUACAGCGCCCCAGUGAUCACCACACACCCUGAUGGGAGCUGGUCUUACUCCAAAUCCACUCAGCAGUACGACGUGUGUUUUAGCUCCGACACUCUGAAGAGUGACGUAGUGGUUUUCCCUGCGCCAUUUCCGCCUGCAGAUGCGGAACUGAUCAGUAUUAAUGGAGGAGACACUUUUACCAGAACUCAGACUCUGCCUAAUACAGAGAAGGUAAGACUCGUGCACUUUUAGCUGCCUGUCUCGUAUUUUCUAAUUCCAU